AUGCGCAUUUUGAAUGUUAAGAGCAGAUGGCACAAAUUUGGAGUUACAGGAGCAGAUUACGGCGAGGCUAUUGAUGGUGAAUGGUGUUCAAUGCAACUGACCAAUCCAGUGUGGAUCCAUCACUCCGGUGGUGCAAUCUACUCGGUCGAUAUUCAUCCGAAUGGGACCAAAAUAGCAACAUGUGGGCAGGGCGGUGAAGGUGGAUCAGGCCUCGUGAUCAUUUGGAAUGUAAAACCGGUGAUCAACGAAAAAGCCAGUCAGGACGCAACUUGCAAUCGUUUGCUAUCACGAAUCCUUCAUCAA